AUGGCAGCAGCAAAGAUAGAUUACAACAGCAAUAUGCCAAUAUUUCGCCCACUAACGUUUCUAAAGCGAUCCACAACAUAUGUCCUAAGGAAAGCAGAGCUGUCCUACUCUAGGUGUAGAGAAAUUUUCAAGCAAGCUUUAGAAUCUCUAGGAUAUGAUGCAAAGAAUUAUGGCUUACAUAGUUUAAGAGCAGGCGGGAUAACUGCCGUAGUUCAGAACAGUAAUAAUACAGUGCCGGAGAGGCUAUUAAAAUUGCAUGGAAGAUGGAAGACCGAUGCGGCAAAAGACAUGUAUAUACAAGAAACUGUGAGCAAAAGACUACAAGUAACAGAAUAUCUUGGACUGUAAUUGAAAUACAUAUUCUGUGUAUACAGCACUCGGACAGUAACUUAAUAUAGAUAGGCUGAACUUAGCAUUGUAAAGUGUGAUCGCAAUAAACUAACAGGAUCUGUACGUGAACCCAACCAUCACCUGUUGUUCUGUAUUGCUUUAAGAAUUUAACGUGAAAAUAUUUUACGUUCGGUUGGACACACUGAAUUAGAAUUCAAUAAAGAAAUAAUAACAUUUUUAGCACCUACUAAAAGGAUCUACUAAUUCAAGUUCUGAAUCUAAAUGUACAUAAAAUAGAAAUAAAUGAAGUAAGAAAGCUUUAGGCCAUUUGCCGAGGCAUAAUAUCGUUCACUUUCAUUUAGCAUGUCUUAGAACUGAAAUAUUUUUACAUUACUUACUAUUUUCGAAGACACUGAACACGAUUCCGAAGAGUUCCCGCUCCGUAGACCCGCAGUAUUUUUUUAAUUGCCAUUUAUAUUUUCACUUAUUCGACAAACAACAUGCCAUCGCCCGCCAUUUUGAAUUUCGUAUAACAUCGGCUAAGUCCUCUUAUCUCGUCCCCAGCCUUUCCAUUUCAUGACCGUGUUACGAUUUAGAUCGAUGUUUUUUAGUGAAAAUAAAGAUGGCACGAACUGGAUAAACGCAGUGACUGUAGUGACGGCAUUUGUGUAAUUCAUUUUGAGGGAAAAGAAGGGCAAAUUAAAUAUUUAACACAAGAAACACUAGAUAAAAUAGUCGAAAGAAGGGAACAGUGGCUAUGUCUAUCGUCGGAAUAUAAAGAUUUUACGAAGGUAGCAAAAAAGUCGUUUGAGUUUAUCCCAGAAAGUUUGAACGUAAAUGACAUUGGAAAAAACUAUCUCUAUCAUUACGCAUGUUAUCACAAUUUCACUGACAUCAGUAAGUUUGAAAGGGCCAAAAAAACAUGGAGUAAUGCAGGUAGAAAGCAUCAAGGUGACAGCCCCAGCGAGAAGGAGGAAGAAGUCAAACCAACACCAGAAAAAGUACCCCAAACUACAAGACAAUCUUUUGCAACUGCACAUGCUACAUCGGCUUCUGGAUCGUCAAGUGUUUUACCCAAGUCUUGCUUGAUUUGUAAACAACUGCGACCAAUCUUUUUUACAGAUAAGGUAUUUUUUUAUUUUUAUGUUGCAUUAUACUUAUACUUAUGCAUCAUACACAAUGAUAUAGUUAAUCAUCUGAUACACUAAAUAUAUUCUUUAUAGGCGACAAAAAAACCCAUGUAAAACAAGAAUUAUCAGUUGCACAAACGUUAACAGCUGGAAUUUUGGAAAAGGCGGCAACGUUAAAAAAUGAUGAAAGUACACUUUUGCAUAUUCGUGGAAAGGACUGUGUAGCUAUAGAAGCAAGGUAUCACAAAAAUUGUUACCAGAGGUAUACAAAAUGUGUUUCAAAUAAAUCAAGAGAUUCUGGUCCGACCUUGUAUGAUAGAGCCUUUGAAGAAUUCUGCACAUGAAUAAUUGAGCAACGCAUCAUUAAAAACAAGAUUUUAUUUCUUAGCUACCAAUUAAAAACGUUUAUCAGCUGUGUGCAGGAAAUAGAACAUAUCGACGUACCCUACCAGGCUGCCAGACGUAAGACCAGGAUUGGAAUGCGAUAUCCGCAAAUCAUUUUUCAUACCUCAAAAACUAUGAAUAAAGAAACUCUCGUUUAUGCAGAUAAUGUGAUUCGAUAAAGUGGCCGAUGAUUUGAUGGAAAUAUGCAACAAUACACAAGAUGACGAUGACAAAUUCAAUGUAGACGAUCCAUUAAGUGAUAUCACCCAAACUUCAUCGCAGGUUAAUGGCUGUUCUUUACAAGAUUUUUUUCCCGUUGCAAUGGAAAUAAAAAAGCUUUUGCAAGAAAGUAAAGGCAUAUAUGCUGACUGGCCCCCUGAUUCCCAUGACCUAACUUUGCAAUCUGCCAGGAAAUCAAUUCCGGUGAAGUUAUGCAACUUCUUAGCAUGGGCUAUGGGGUUCUCUGAUCAACCACUUCGUGAGGAAAGGGUGCAAAUUAGUGGAAACGAGCAAACUAAACUAGUAUCGAUAGCGCAGGACCUGAUCUAUGCGGAAUCAAAAGGCAGGAAAUUUACCCACAAGUCACUGGCUCUUGGAAUGACCGUUCGCCAAAUCACUGGGUCAGUUCGAUUGCUUCGUAUCUUGCAUGGGUUGGGACACACAGCAUCGGUGGCUACUGUUUACAAGCGCGAUACUGCUUUAGCCAUUGCCAGCAGCAGAGGACAAGAUAUCAUUAUUCCACGUAAUAUUACCCCGGGCAUAUUUGCCACAGUUGUUUGGAUAACAACGACUUCAACGAAGAAACUGUCUCUGAAAAGGGAACUACCCAUGUGGCGAAUGGAAUUAUGUUGCAAAACGGGAACACAACCUUGGGAGAUCAUGUCACUGUGAGUAAGUCGUGCCGUACUGUACAAGCACCAGAAACGUAUAUCGCACCUUACACCAACUGAGAAAAAGGAACCAUAUCUUUAUGAAGCCAGAGUUCUGACAUUUCCAUUGACGACAAAAGCUAUCAAGAUGAGCAGCAAUUUGCCAGGAAUGCUGAUUUCGUGUACACAUUAUCACGUAAGUAUGCAUCUGAGAGUGGGCUCUUAUUUCCAGGAUGGACCGGGCUCAAUACGCAAGUUCACAAAGAAAUUCCAACUGUCACAAACAUUGGUUACUUGCCGGUGAUCGAUGCGCCAGUCACAGAUUUGGCAACAGUUAAUGCCUUACUCAAGCACAGUGUUUCUAUAUGCCAACGCCUUCAACUUCCAGAGAUCGUGCUGGUAUUUGACGAAGCACUCUAUGCCAAAGCGCAGAUGCGAAGGUGGAAGAACGAAGAAUAUAAGAAUCGAUUGGUGAUUAGGCUGGGAGACUUCCACACCAUUAUGUCGUUCUGCAGUGCCAUAGCUAAAAUUUUCAAAGACACAGGACUGGAAGUAGGUUUUUUAAUACCUCAUUUGUCCAUCCGUCCUGUUGUUUAUUAGUUUGUGUGUUUGUGCGUUUGUUUGUAUGUUCGCCUUCUAUGAAAUCAUCUAUUGAGCUAAUCCAAAUAUUUGUUCGUUUAUUUAUUGAAUGACAAAUGCAAAUUGAUCGACGUACAAUUAACAGUGUGCAUUUUUCCAAAUUGAUAUUUUAGGAUAUCAUGAUCGAAUCAGAGAUAGUUGCCCCUGGAUCUGUUAAAGGUGUGUUAUCUGGGAAGCAUUAUAAUCGCUCUGUAAGAGUUCACAAGUUAAUUUAUGAAGCAAUGCAAAGGAUGCGAUUUGAGGCAUUUGAAAAGUCCAUAGCAAGUUCUGCGUCCAACCAGUUUGACUCAGUUGGUAUCAGUGUUCUGGAGGAUUCUGAGAGAGAAUCGUUUACUGAAAUCUGUACGAGUAAGCAGGUCAAUGAUGCAAAAAGGGCUUAUGAUACGUUCGUGGAAAAACGAAGCGAAUCCUAUGUUUGCCCUCUGGUCCAAAUAUAUUGA